AUGGUGAACCUAACGAGCGGUUUGGAUAAAGUGUUCUUCAUCGUGUUUCGAGAAACACUGGAGACAAGCAUUGUGGUGUCAAUCUUGCUCUCCUUUCUCAAGAACCAGCUUGGGCCUCAACACGAUGCCCAAGUGUACAAAAAGCUGAGAAAGCAGGUCUGGCUGGGGACUGCCCUGGGCCUGAUAAUCUGCAUUAUCAUCGGAUGCGCCUUGAUUGGCGUGUUCUACUCACUCGGGAGAAAUGAAUGGGAAAAGGCGGAGGCCCUCUGGGAAGGUGUAUUUGCCUUGGUUGCUUCUAUAAUCAUCACCUUGAUGGGGGCUGCCUUGCUUCGGGUCUCAAAGCUCCAAGAAAAGUGGCGCGUCAAGCUGGCAAAGGCUUUGGAGUCAAAGGCAGACGAUAGCCGACAGAAAACGCUCUGGGGGAAGUUCAAGAUAUGGUGCGAAAAAUACGCCAUGUUCAUGCUGCCUUUCAUCACCGUACUGCGGGAAGGCCUUGAAGCGGUAGUGUUCAUUGGAGGCGUUAGUCUGGGCGCUACUGCUUCCUCAAUCCCGAUACCCACUGUUACCGGACUGAUUGCAGGUGCUGCGGUAGGGUAUAUGAUCUACAAAGGCGGAAACUUCGUUCCCAUCCAGAUAUUCCUCAUCGUGUCGACCUGUUUCCUAUAUCUAGUUGCGGGAGGACUGUUCUCUCGAAGCGUAGGAUUCUUCGAGCAGUAUAAGUGGAAUAUGGUGAUUGGAGGUGAUGCGGCAGAGACAGGAGUAGGUGCUGGAUCAUACGAUAUCCGAUCCAGUGUUUGGCAUGUUAACUGCUGCAGCCCUGAGCUAAAUGGGGGUGGUGGCUGGGGUAUCUUCAACGCCCUGUUCGGAUGGACCAAUUCUGCGUCUUUGGGCACAGUAUUGUCAUAUAAUUUUUACUGGAUUGCAGUUAUCAUUGGCUUCCUUUCCAUGAUAUACUAUGAGAAGAGAGGCCGAUGGCCGUUCCAGAAAAGCAGCGCGAAGCCAGACCUUUCCAUCAACGACAACUCCAGUACCGAGCAUCACGUUAUGGGCAAAGGGCCAUAA